AAAACGCUCCUUAUUGUUCACAUUUUUCUUUGUUCACUUUCAAAACUCUUUUAAGUCAUCAUGGGUGUCUUCACUCAUGAAUCUCAGGGAACCUCAGCUAUCCCCCCAGCUAGGCUUUUCAAGGCCUUUAUCCUUGAUGGUGACAACCUCAUCCCAAAGGUUGUACCACAGGCCGUUAAGUCCGUUGAAAGAAUUGAAGGAAAUGGAGGACCUGGAACCAUCAGGAAGAUUACCUUUGGCGAAGGCAGCAAAUAUAAAUAUGGAAAACACAGGAUUGAUGUGAUGGACCCUGAACACUAUACAUGUUGUUUUAGUGUGAUUGAAGGUGAUGGUUUGUCUGACAAUAUAGAGAAUAUUUCUACUGAGACCAAGAUUGUGGCAAGCCCUGAUGGAGGAUCCAUCGUGAAGAGGACCAGCAAGUACCAGACAAAGGGUGACUUUCAGCUCACGGAGGAGCACUUCCAGGGUGGUAAAGAAAGGGCCACUAUGAUCUUCAAGGGUAUUGAGACCUACCUCGUGGCACACCCUGAUCUCUACAACUAAACCUUGUGUUUAUUAUGCUGGUGUGUCCCAUUGGCAGUUCAUCAGGUUGCGGCCUUUUCUUUUUCUAUUUGUGUCUAGUCAAAAUUUGUUCUUUGGCUUGCUAAUUAAGAAGUUUGUGGUGGUCAUUAUAUGCUACCUUAUGAAGUUCUCAAGUAGAAAAAUUAGGAAGCGAAUAAUUUGUAAUUUUUUCAAUAAAUAUACAUAAUGAGAA